AUGGCACAUGGACGUCAAAGGUUGCUCUGCUUUGAGUAUGUACCUAAAGGAAGUCUUGAUGAGUAUAUCAAAGAUGCAUCUAAUGGACAUGACUGGAUUAAGACCUAUGCGAUAAUAAAUGGCAUUUGUGAAGGUUUACAUUACCUUCACCAGAAUCAUAUUGUUCACUUAGAUCUCAAGCCCGCAAAUAUUCUGCUGGAUGGCAAUAUGAUGCCAAAAAUUACCGACUUUGGGCUAUCAAGGUGCUUUGAUGAGAAGCAAACCCAAGCUAUUACCAAAAAUAUGGCUGGCACAUUAGGGUAUAUCGCACCAGAGUUUUAUAAUGGAUACAUACACACGAUCACAUACAAGUCGGACAUAUAUAGUCUUGGUGUCAUAAUUAUAGAGAUGCUGACUGGAAAGAAGUGGUAUCCAGCAUAUCCUGAUGUUCAUAAUGUAAGAACGGUACUUGAAAGUUGGAUGAAUAAGUUGGGGAAAUCACAGCAGGACACACAACUGAAACAGAUACGGUUAUGCACCGAGCUAGGGAUAGAGUGCACUGAUGGUAAACAAGCGAACAGGCCAGAUACAACGCAUAUUAUCACUAGACUUGGUGAAACAGAAAAUGCAUACAUCAUAACUGGUGUUAGUAGUUCAACGGUACCACAGGUAGAAAGGACUUUAGAAAAGCCGGAGGAUGGCACCAACAACUUGCUUCCGAGGAGGAAUAUUGUUCAUCUCAUGAAUGAUAAUGCCGAGAAAAAUGUUACUCCUUGGCAGGGGGCAGCUAAGAAUCUUCAUGCAACCCAAGAAUCUCUCAAUGAUAAUCAUCAUAUUGUUGCAGUCGAGUCUGGUUCAUCUACUGAGAAUCUUCAUGCAACCCAAGAAUGUCUCAAUGAUUAUCAUCACAUUGUUGCAGUCAAGUCUGGUCCAUCUAUGUCUGCUGAGGACUGUAACCUUAGAGAGGCCCAAAAAUGUCUCAAUCAUAAUCUUCACAUUUUUGCAGACGAGUUUGGUCCAUCUAUGUCUGUUGAGGCUCGUAACCUUCAAGAGGCUCUCCAACUCAUUAAAGAUGAUCCAGUGGGAGUGAUUGGAAUAUGGGGUCCAGGUGGAGUGGGGAAAACACACCUUUUGGACAAUAUAAAAAAGUCACUUGAUGGAAACAUGACCUUUAACUAUGUUUUAGAAGUGACGAUUUCAAGGGGGCGUUCGGUGGAAAAGAUCCAAACUGAUAUUGCACAACAACUCAAUCUGGAUGAAUUCAAGAAAGAUUCUGAUGUGCAAUUUAGAUGUCGUGUCAUUUAUAAUUUUUUGAAGAAGAGAAGCUUUCUUAUAUUGUUAGAUGACCUUUGGGACCAAAUUGAUCUGCAAGCAGUUGGCAUACCAUAUCCUCUUGGAAGUGUAAACCAAAUCAGGAGAAAAGUGGUACUCACAACUAGAUCAAGAAAAGUUUGUGGUCAAAUGGAGGUGAGAAAAGAAUUAAAAAUAGCUUGUCUGCAGGAGGAUGAGGCAUGGCAACUAUUCAAAAAGAAUGUCCGUCAUGAAACUUUUUCUUCUAAUCCCUGCAUUGAAACUCUUGGAAAAGAACUUCUGAAGGAAAUGAAGGGAUUGCCAUUAGCUUUGGUAACUAUAGGACAGACAAUGUAUGCAAAAACUGAUACGGCUGAGUGGGAAUAUGCCAUCCAAUAUAUGAAACAGUCAUGUUGUGUUAAUGAUGACCCGCUAGAUAUGGAAAAAGUUGUUUUCAGGCAGGUAAAGUUUAGUUUUGAUAGUUUACGAAACAACAUUUUGAGGAAAUGUUUCUUGACUUGUGCACUGUGGCCAGAGGAUCAGAAAAUUCCUAGAGAAAUGCUCGCUCGAUGUUGGAUUGGCUUAGGUCUCGUGUCUGAACCAAACAUACAAAGUUCCUACAGAACAGCAUAUUAUCUGAUGGGCGAACUUUCAGCUGCAUGCUUGUUAGAGCAGGACCAUGGAAUUAUAAUGUUCAAUGAAUAUCUUGGAAUGCAUGAUUAUGUUAAAAUGCAUGAUGUGGUUCGUGACAUGGCUUUAUGGAUCGCUUGUGGCUGCGGUAAGAAUAAUAGCAAGUGGUUUGUCCGCGCAGGAGUUGGUUGGGACGAAAAAAUUAACAUCCCUUGGAGUCAAGUUGAAUGUGUCUCAUUGAUGAUGAACUGGUUGUUGGAUUUUCCUCCUGUUGACUCUAAUCCUUGCCACAUGAGGAUGUUAUGCCUUGGAAAUGACGACUUGAGUAGAUUACCAUAUUACGAAAUCAGAAAAUUCACUUCACUGACAUACCUGGAUUUGAGCUUCAACAAGCUGGGUUUCAUACCUAAAGAAUUAUGUUCCUUGGCAAACCUGGAACACCUUGAUUUAUCGGGAAAUAGUGAUAUAAAAGUAGUGCCUCACUGUUUUGGAAACCUCAUUAAGCUCAAGUUCUUGUACCUAGAAGAGACUAGGAUACAGAUGUUACCAGAGGGGGUCAUAUCUAAACUUCAAGCAUUGCAAGUAAUAGAUAUCAGAACCCAUUGUUUGCCACGUCCAGUUUCUGAGAACAUAAGAAUGCUUCGAGAGUUGGGCGCCCUAACCAACUUGAAAGCAGUUGGUAUCUAUGUGGAGUAUCUAUGUGCACUACUAAAAAAAGGUGCUGACCUCCCCAUUAGGUAUUUAAUUUUGGAGGAUCAUGAGACACGUGUACUCAAUUUCUCGGAUAUUCUGUCGCAUGACUUUGCACGAAGGACCUUGUAUGAACUAACAAUUCACAUGCUAAACUUGGAUCAAAUAAUAACAAGAAAAGAGUCGGCACUACCAAGCUGUUGUUUUGGUGCUCUCAAUCAGCUCCAAUUAUCAGAGUUUGAUAACUUAAGAGAGAUAACUUGGAUGGAAACAUGUCCAGCAUCUCUAUUCCCAAAGCUCACGUGUUUGUUUGUGGACUACUGGCAAGAGCUAAAACACCUCUCUUGGGCGAUGUAUCUGCCUUGCCUCGAACAACUCCACAUAUUUAACUGUAAUGUGAUGCAGCAACCAUUUGUGAUGCACCAUGAUGAUAACAAGUUCGGCGAACAAGACAGUUCAAAUACAUUUCCCCGCCUCAAAUAUCUGACAUUUUCAUGUUGCUCAUCGCUGGUCAGUAUUGGUGAUCCCGAUGUGACAUUCCCAUCCCUAGAGCGACUGGAGUUUGAACAUUGUGCAGAAUUGAAGAGUCUUCCUUUCAACAUGGACAACUUGCCACGAAAACUGCAGUUUGUGCAGAUUGAUGUUAAAUCCUGGGAGAGAAUGAAAGGGGAAUUGGAAGAAGGUGUCAAAUCUUUCCUGGAACCCAAGCUUAAAUUGUUUGGAGUACUAUGA